GAUUUGAACGCUUCUCGUUCUCGUGUGAUCAUGUGGGUCUGCCGGAGAAGGGGCUUCCCUCUCGUGUUACAGGUUUCCCCUCCAGGAAAACUAUUAGCUAAUGAUAUCAAGGGGGAUUCAAUUACUUUGGGGGGUAUCUGCAAUCCUAAAAGAGUGGGUCCUCUGUCUUUUGUUGGGGAAUGAACGACGAGAAAAGCCCGGCUAGCUGCAAGAGAAACUCUGGGUGUACCAGUAUUGAGCAAAUGCUGGCUGUGAACCCCGGAAAGACACCCAUCAGUCUGCUGCAGGAAUAUGGAACGCGGAUAGGCAAGACCCCAGUGUACGACCUGCUAAAGGCUGAGGGCCAGGCCCACCAGCCCAACUUCACCUUCCGCGUGUCUGUGGGAGACAUCAGCUGCACAGGCCAGGGUCCCAGCAAGAAGGCCGCCAAACACAAGGCUGCAGAAGCCGCCUUGAAGAUGUUGAAAGGAGGGAUGCUGGGAGGGCUAGGGGGGAAUGGGAUGGAGGGAGACGGGUUUGCUGGCAUAGACAUUGCCUUGGAGGGGGAUUGCUCCCAGUCAGAGAUAAAAUCUUCCAGCUCCAGUCAGCAAGCUGAGUGUAAUCCAGUCGGAGCUCUGCAGGAGCUGGUGGUGCAGAAAGGCUGGCGUUUACCUGAGUACACAGUCACACAGGAGUCAGGACCUGCACAUCGAAAAGAGUUCACAAUGACCUGCAGAGUGGAAAGAUUUGUUGAAAUUGGCAGUGGAACAUCAAAGAAGCUUGCUAAGCGUAAUGCAGCAGCGAAGAUGCUCUCCCGGAUCCAUGAUGUGCCUGUGGACAUGCGCAGCAGUCACGAAGUUGAGGCAGAGGAUGACACCUUCAACAUGCAUGUGGGUGGCAGGUUAGAGGGAGGGAAGUGUAAGGGAUUUGGAUGUACGUGGGAUUCUUUGCGGAAUUCAGCUGGGGAGAAGAUUCUGCAGCUGCGGAGUCAUCCUCUAGGCCUCCCUAACUCCAACUUCUGCUCUCUACUCCAUGACCUCUCUGAGGAGCAGCGAUUUGAUGUGAGCUACCUGGACAUAGAGGAGCGCAGUCUCAGCGGCCUGUACCAGUGUCUGGUGGAGUUGUCCACUCAGCCCAUCACAGUGUGUCAUGGCUUUGCCCCCAGUCAGGACGCAGCACGAGCCAGUGCAGCACACAACGCACUCCAGUACCUCAAGAUCAUGGCCGGUGGAAAGUAAGGCUGUGCCGUCUGAGAAACAUGAAUUGAAAGGAGUUAGGAAGAUUACCUCUGUAGCCUGCGGUGUUUUCAGCUGUGGGCGUAUUGGAUUUUUGUGCACUAUCUUGUUGGCCCACCGAUUUUAGUAAUGCCCCAAAGCCAUUUGACUGUCCCACAGAGCUCUAAAGAUAAACUGAUGAAGCCUUUGUCCCCCUGAAAAGGAUCCAAAGCCUCUGCAAAUCUGUACUCCAAAAAAGGCUGACAACAAAGGUUUUUAACAGAGAACAUUUGUUUUUGCUAGUUACCCCAGGUGAGUUUUAUUGUGUUGCUGAAUUAUCCUGAAAUGUCUGAUAUUCCCGUAAUACUUUUAACCAACACUUUAUUUCUCUUCCCUUUUGUUUAAUCAGACUAAUGAUUUUCUAUUUACCAUUUGACUUCCUUUCAAAGUGAUCUACAUAGUUUGUUCUAUAUUUUUAACUGAAUGAACUCAAAUUUACACUUCAUAACAUUCAGUCGGUCUUCAGAUUAGAUUUCAGAUACAAAAUUUGCAGAAACGCGUGUAUUGACAGUUGAUUCAUAGCUGAACUCAGAUCUUUUUAAAAGAUAAUUCUUUCCAGUAUUUAUUCACCCUUUUAUUGUAUCCAUACAAUAGGGAAAAUAGAUUAAUCUCCAUUCAUUUGAAUGUGCAACACUAAUUGUGCCAUGUAGUUCUGAACUUCCCUAAUUAAAGCAUUUUCACAAGA